UGAUUACUUCUGUCUGCUGCUGUCAGCUGAUCCGUGUCUGUUUGUGUUUCCUGUUUCUCUCCGCUGGAGUUUAGAGUUUCAAAGUCCAAUUAAUGCAGUCCCGCAGAAGAAGAAGAGGAGCAAAGAACAACAGACGGAAAGCUCGAGUGUCGUACAGUCUUUGAUCAUGAAGAGCUCCAAAGAUGCCGUGCAGUCCGCUGCCAAAGAGUUCCUGCAGUUUGUUAACAGAGGAGUGUCUCCAUAUCACGUGGUCGAAGAAUGCAAGCGGCAUCUGUUGGAGGCGGGAUUCAUCGAGCUGAAGGAGUCGGAGCAGUGGGACAUCAAGCCGUCCAGCAAGUACUUUGUGACCAGGAACUUCUCCAGCCUCAUCGCCUUCGCCGUGGGCGGACACUACCUGCCAGGAAACGGCUUCUCCAUGAUCGGGGCCCACACAGAUAGUCCCUGCCUCAGGGUGAAGCCGAGGUCUAAGAAGACGAAGCAGGGCUGUCUGCAGGUCGGGGUCGAAUGCUACGGCGGCGGCAUCUGGAACACCUGGUUCGACCGCGACUUGACCAUCGCCGGCCGCGUUAUGGUGAAGAGUGACAGCAGGCUGGUCCACCGGUUGAUCCACGUGUCCAGACCUCUGCUCAGGAUCCCUCACCUGGCGAUCCACCUGCAGAGAGACAUCAACGACUCCUUCGGCCCCAACAAGGAAAACCACCUCGUCCCCAUCCUCGCCACUAUCGUCCAGGAGGAACUGGAGACAGGAAGUGCAUCUUCUGGAGACGCCGUCUGUGCUGCCAACACGGCGGAGAAACACCACCCGGCGCUGGUGAAGGUCUUGUGUUCGGAGCUUGGUGUCCAACCUGAAGCUCUGAUGGACUUUGAGCUCUGUCUGACCGACACGCAGCCUGCGGCGUUGGGAGGUGUGUAUGAAGAGUUCAUUUAUGCUCCUCGUCUGGACAACCUGCACAGCUGCUACUGCGCCCUGCAGGGCCUGAUGAAGUCCUGCUUAGGAGACUCUCUGGCUAAAGAUCCCAACGUCCGCAUGAUCACCCUGUAUGACAACGAGGAGGUGGGGUCAGAGAGCGCUCAGGGUGCUCAGUCCAACCUGACGGAGCUCAUCCUCAGCCGCCUCUCCGCCUCCCCGUCUAACCUCACCGCCUUCCAGCAGGCGGCGCCGCUCUCCUUCAUGAUCAGCGCCGACAUGGCGCACGCCGUCCAUCCGAACUACCAGGAGAAACACGAUGAGAACCAUCGACCAGCUUUCCACAAGGGUCCAGUGAUCAAGUUCAACAGCAACCAGCGCUACGCCACCACGGCCGUCACCGCUUCUGUUAUCAGAGAGGUCGCCAGCCAGGUCAACGUACCUCUGCAGGACGUGAUGGUGCGUAACGACAGCCCGUGUGGAACCACCAUCGGACCCAUCCUGGCCGCCAGGCUCGGCGUCCCUGUGGUCGACAUCGGAGCUCCGCAGCUCUCCAUGCACUCCAUCAGGGAGAUGUGCUGCACUUCCAGCGUCCUGCAGAGCACCUCCCUCUUCAAGGGUUUCUUCGAGUUGUUCCCCACAGUGAGGAGCACGCUGGUCGUCGACUAGAAGCAGGGACUAUUACUGACGGAAAUAAAGGAUCACAUGUGUCAUUUUCACCCUGAAGCUGCACUACUUGUAAUACUGCACAUCCAGGUUUCAACACAUAUUGAUGCAAAGAAGGGUAACAUCGAAAAUGUGUGCUGAAAAUGUCAAAUCCUUUUUUUAAAACUCCUCUAUCGUGCACAAUAUUGUGCACUUUUACUUGAAACUCCAACACGCUGUGAUUAUACUCCCAAUAAAGGAAAUCACUUUCAAACACAGAUCAGGCAAACACUUCUUCAUCUUUCUUACUGACUGAAAUUGUUUAGAAAAUAAUAAAAUAUUGAAAAGUUUUUCUCA